AUGGAAGAUAUAGCAAUUGAUAUUCAUCGGAAGUUCUUGAACAUUAACGUAGCAAUUCUGAGAUAUAGUGGUGUUUGGCCACUUCUGCCAUCAGCCAAAGCAGGUUGGAAAGUGCUGAAUUCUAUUUUCAGAAUUGUAAAUUUCGUAUUUUUCAUAACAUUUUUAAUGGCUGUGGCUGCUGAUGUGGCGGAAAAUUACGACAGCUUGGAAAUAGUUGGGAACGAUGGAUGCUUUUUUAUCGGAACUACUAUGGCUGUUAUGAAAGCAUGUAAAUUUUGGAAUUCAUACAACAAGAUAAUUAAGCUGAUCCACGAAGUUUAUGACCCGAUAGACACACUCAUACGAAGCUCUGAUCGCGGGAUACUUAUUAAUAUAAAAAGAAGCCAUUUUGAAGAAUCUGUAGCUCACUAUGGGUUUUGUGUUCUAUGUACAUUAUUUGCUUUUUGCAUUUUGUUUUUGAUUCCCCGUGAAAAAGGAUCGUUACCAUUUCGAACAGUUUAUCCAUUCGAUGUUACCAAAUCACCAUACUAUGAGCUGAUAAUGGUUUAUCAAUAUUAUUGCUUGGUCUACCUUUUGGCCGUCGUUCUUGCCAUGGAUAUAACUACCAUAGGAUUUAUAAGAUGGUCAGCUCUUCAACUGAUUGCUUUGACAUCAAAUUUUAAAAACUGUAACGUUAAAUUAUAUAAAAGUACAGUGAUAAUAAAAGAGCCAGCUGAUACGAUGAAAAUUUUUGAUCAAAUUGACAAGCUCGAAAUAACCUACAAUGAUUGGGAAGUGAAACAAUAUUUGUUUUUUGAUUUUGGUGAAAGAGCCUUUGAGGAUUCGUUUUCAAGGCGGUUCAAAAUUUGCAUUAAAAACCACCAAAGACUUGUCAAAACGAUCUUUGAUCUCAAUGGGACUUUGAGUUUUUUGAUGCUGGUACAGUUUGGAACCAGUACUUGUAUCAUUUGUCUUAAUGGCUACCAAUUGAUUUUAAAAGGAGGAAAUCAAGCAGAUCUCGCUAAAUUUUUAUCAUACUUAGUAUUAAGCUUUACCGAAUUGUUUUUUUGGUGUUGGUACGGAAAUGAAUUCACCUCUGUCGCGGACACUCUUACCUACAAUCAAUGGAUGUCUGGUUGGGAAGAAUUUACUCGAGAGCACGACCUCGGGGACAGAAAUGAGCUAACUAACCUAGUGACUCUUUCAAUGAUUCCCGCUAUGAAACAGCUAGAAUUCAAAGCAGUUGGUCUGUUUAACCUAUCAAUGCCUACAUUUUUAUCGGUUGUGAAGAACUCAUACUCAAUCCUACUUCUUCUAAACCAAUUUACAGAAUAA